GUUCACUUAUGAUACCGCGUACGGUAUAGCGACAACAGUGGAAGCCAAGAGUAGCAGUGUACGGUGUCUCGCUCUUAAAUGUAAUCCUGAACUAUAACGAACUUUUUCUACACGAUGACCGAAGCAGUUCGGAGCGGUGAUAGCCAGAAAGAGAUGCAGUCAAGUGGUUGAACGAUAGCGUGUGUUAUCGUUCGUGUGUGAUCGUGCGCGCUUGGGCUAAACUGAACUGUGUGCUUUCAUACAUGUGUGGCGUGUUUUUUUUUUCGUGUCUUUCAAACGUCGUUGUUUGCUCUCAGUUUCUCACUCUCUCUCGCGGCCAACCCGAGUACACAGCCUCACUCUCCGCGAUCAUCAAAACACAAUUACACACAUCGAGCAUCGUAGACUUAUCGUCUUCUUACUACCGUUUAGUAAUGCUCAGCCGUUCAAGCCAAUAAUAACAAAAAAAUACGGUAACAAACAAACAAAUCGAGCAAACACGAAGCUGAACACGGUAUGAUGAAUCCGCUAAAGUUCUAUCUCUUCCGUACAAAAGCCAAAUCGGCGACACAAUGUCUGCGCUGGAGUAGCUGGCUACAAGUAAUCGUCUGUGCAAUGUGGUGCGUCAAUUGGGGCCAUGCAGCGAAUAUAACGUGUGAAUUGUGCGAAAAUGAAAACUAUCAAAUUGAAACCAAUGCAUGCUAUGUGACCAAAUUUGUGACACUUACCAAGGACGAGCCAUUACAUUUUACCGUAACGAGCACCAGCGUAACGAACAUAACGUCCCUUCUAUUCACACCGAAUGGCCAAUUACAGUCGAACAUUACGGAAGUGCCACGGGAAAUAUUUCGCAUAUUUCCGCAACUACACAAAUUGGAGAUACGAGGCAAUGUGCAAACGAUCAACAGUGAUGAUUUCACGGAUGCGAAAAAUCUACGGCAUUUAACAUUGAACAAUCAAUUGGAGUGUAUUCCGAGUCGAGUGUUUAUGCAUGCAUUGAAACUAUCGAGCAUCACAUUGUCACGAAAUCGAAUCAGUCGCAUCGAAGACAAUGCAUUCGACGGUCUGUUUGUGUUGGAACAAUUAACAUUGUCGAAAAAUGAACUGAAAUCACUGAACCGUCUAAUGUUUACCGGUCUCACGAAGCUCAACUAUUUGAAUUUACGCGAUAAUGAUAUUGACACCGUUGAAGAUGGUACAUUUGAUUUACCAAAUCUUAGUGAGCUAAUAUUAUCGAAAAAUCGCCUGAAAAUUUUAUCCGAUCAAAUUUUCAACGGUGCACCGAUGUUGCAACGACUCACCAUCGAUAAUAAUGCACUCGAAACCAUUGGUAAAUCAAUGUACAGUCUGGUGCAUGCAAACCGAAUUAUCAUGUACCAAAAUAAAAUUCGGGACAUUGAUAUUAUUGAAUUUGCCAAAUUGCCUGAGUUGAGUGCAUUAUGGUUACGUGACAGUGGUUUUACAUUUGACAAUCGUACGCUCGAUCAAUACCAACCGACCGAAUCAAAAGUUAAUUAUUUGGAUAUUUCGUAUAAUCACCUCUCCGAUCCGGGUGACCUGCAGCGUUUACAAAUUUUCAAAGAGCUCAAAACAUUGACACUCGACGACAACGAAUACGUUGCAUUGGAUUUGGGAAAUCGUACCGUACAUCAAAUAUUUCCCGUCAUGGAAACGCUCCAUUUGUCGCGCAAUAAGUGGAAUUGCACUUGGCUUAAACCGGUUGUUGAACGCGCCAUAAAGGAUCACAUACGAACCGUUCUAAAUACAGCGGAAUGCGAGUAAUUUACUUUGAUUGAUUAGUUGCAGAUGGGAGAAAAGAAGAAGUACAUGACAAAACGAGAGAAUCAGUAGGAAGAAAGAAAUAAUGCCGAGUGAAUAAUAAAACGAAUUCUUCGGAUUUUGUGUUCGUUUGUGGUUGUGUGUGUGUGUGUGUUUGUGUGUACGUACGUGUGUGUGUGUGUCUUUGUGUGUUUGUGUUAUUUUUGUGCCCACGGAAGAAUUUCGAUGUGCAUUUUUCGAUUAAGAAAUUAGUCUGUUUAAUCUUAUAUAUUGAUGUCUCGAUGAUUUUUUUUUUCUAUUCGUACUCUACCCACAUAUUACUGGUUAUUUUUUAUACUUACGCUUUAGGUUUAAGCAAGAUAAGAGCUAAGAAUUUUAUACGUUUUCAGCUAUAAUUCUUUAUUGUGUACAGUGUCAAACAUUAGUCGAUUAGUUGAAUCAAAAUUAUUGAUUUCAAGCAUGCGUCUUUUUUUCCACAUUAUUUUCGUGUUUGGUUUUAUUUCGGAUCGGUUAAGUCUUAAUGAAUGUUUUUAUGGCAAGUGAAACUAUUGAAAUAAAAUUAAACAAAUUACAUUUUUCUCCACUAAAUCGCAAUGAUUAUUCCGUAAAAUGAGAAAACGAUUAUUUGGACGAAAAAAAAAAAUCUCAUUUCGAGUUAAAUUUAUCUGGGUCGUCAGAAUGAAAAGAUUAUCGUUGGCUUUCUAAAACUCGAUUAUAACAGAUUAACACAUGAAUGAUAUUCUGGCCACAACGAAAUUCGAGAAAAUGACGAAAACUCUCGAAAAAUAGGAGGCGAUUACGUUAAUCAACGGAAGAAACAGUUAUCAAUUAUCAGUUCAAUAAACUGUCUGCCUUUUCACAACCAAUAGGCAAACAUUCGAAUGCUGUGCCACCCGAAAAUAAACGUUUGCUAGCAGGGAAAGAAAAAAAAUAUCGAAAUAAGUUGGGGCACUUAUGAAAAAUGUCGGGAAAAAAUAUCAUUUAAAAGUAGCAGUUUAGCCUUGUGAUCAUGUUCAUACACCCAUGUAAACGAAUCGCUUGUAUUUAGAAAUCAGAAAAAAAAAUCUCGUAAUAAAAAAAUCAAUACGAUUAAGAACUUUUGUGUGUGUGUGAGAAAAAAAAUUUAGUUUUUUUUAUUGCUAUUAUGUUUGUGUUUUUUCUAUUUAAACUCUUUUGCUAUUAGAUCAUACUUCGCGAAAUCAGUUAUGAAUCUGCGUAUUAGACAAAGGUCAUUUCAAGUGGUGAUUCGUUUUUUUUUCUCUCUUUUGUCGCUUCCGAGUACGUGCAAAAUUGAACGUUCAACGAGAAUAAUACUUUUAUUUUUGGUACACAUGGGAUUCCCAGUGUUCGGUAUCCAAAACAAGAAACCGUAACGGAAAUUCAUGUGAGCAUCACUUCUUGAGACUUUUGCCAUUAAACGCGAGUUGUUGGUGAACAACACAAAAAUUUCGCUCCGUGUUUUGUUCACCGAAAAAAUAAAACUGAAAAUAGACGAUAUAAAACCGCACAAAAAUGCCAAAUCUGAAUAAAUUAUAAGAAGAGAGUAACUGUUGAGUGAUAAUGCGAACGUUAGGAAACGGACGAAUGAAUGGAGGCGAAAACGCUCACCAAAGAAAGAGAAAUAGCAAGAGUUUGGCUGAUCUAAACCGAAAGCAGUGCCAUGACGACUGCAAUUCCAAGCAAAAAAAAAAACGAUGACGACGACAACAACUACACAGCUGAAUGAUUAUUAUUACUGUUGUUGCUCUUUCAUCGUCAUUGUUCGCAUACCAUGAAUUUUCACGCGGCGACUUUUCAACAUACACGUUCGUUCGACGCUUUCUCUCGCUCUUCCCCGCCUCCGCCGUAAUCGUUCGCUCACACUCGUGCCACCCGAAAAUACACUCGACUGAAUCUAUGUUGUGUGAAUAAUCGAAAUUUAUGUUCGUUUGCGGGAAAUAGUUUGCGAGCUGAACAUUUUUGUUUUCAUUUGGCAUUUUAUUCCUGUGCAAUGCUCCCGCAACGACGAAAUGGAGAUCAUGUGGCGUGUGUAUGUGAUACAAUUAUGUAAAACGUAAACUACAUCUCUCUCUCUAGCUCUCGAACUCAGUCAGUCAGUCAGUGUGUGUGUUUGAAGGUUUAAAUUUCGCAAUUUUUGCUCGAUUUUCGAAAAACACUCGUGCUCUGAUCACGGCAGCCUGUGUAUGCGUGGUGCGAGUGUAAAAAAUAAGUAGCGCGCAAAAUAAUGUUUUGAGACUAUAAACAUUUGCGAGUGCGAUAGAAGUCGUAAUAAUUUUUUUAUUUCACAGGGUAUUCAUGCGAUGAUAGCAGAACACUAUUUGUUGAGAUUGCGCAUCACAUACGUGCAUACGUACUUUUUCGAUCUAGUCCGAGAAUGCGAUGAUUGGUGCUCUUUAGGCGGUGGCUGUGUUCGUUUUUCAUUGCGAUUGAAGUAUUACUUUGUGUGUGUACGUGUAUGUGUCGGUUGUUGUGUUUUUCCCUUCUUCUGCGUGCGUUAAAUUUGAAUUGCAGAGGUUAUUAUUCAUGGUGAAAGCAUCAUAUUUGAAAUUUUCCCGCUGCUUUUCUAUUAUCCGCCAUUAAUAGUGUUUACACUAUUUUACACAUCCGUUGUUACAUUCAUUUGGCUGUGUGAGAAUCUCAGUCAGUAAAUCCGCUUGUCCUAUGUCAACACACCCGAUUCUCUUGCUCUUGCUCUCCGCCUCUCAUUCCAGCGAUUUACUAGUCGAAAACGAAGCAAACAUUUGCCAUGCAUCAAAUGGCUUGCAUUAAAAGUCUGCGGUUUUUCAAGUUUCUAUCUUUUUCUGUGUCUCUUUCUGGACAUUUUGCAAACACGGCUGUCUUUUUGCCUCUUUUUUCUUUUGUUCCUUUUUCCCUGGAAUCGAAUCGACCGUUGUUUUUUUGCAUACAACGCACACGGUAAAACCCAUUUCAGUUUAGCAUACGUAAAUAUUUUUAGAACGAGAAGUGGUCAGAAGUUGUGAAUGUGUCGAGAUUUCUAUUUUUUUUUCUCUGUAAAACUUAUCUCUCGCUUGUCAUCCAUGGGGGAUUCCACUGGUCGCUCGUUUUUCUGACGGUGAGACAACGGGGUCGAAGCAGCUAUUAAACGUAUCGUUUACACACACAAGAUGAAUAGAACGCAUGUAAAAUCAUUGAGUAAAUUAAUUAACUUUACUCCGCACACACACAUACACAUAUUCACGUUUUCUUUUUGCCUCUCGUUCUCUCCCAAAAGCCAAUUCAACGUCGUCUGUGAUUUAUGUUUCCGCUGCAAUGUACGAAAAUGUUAAUGAUCCGCUCGAAAAAAAAUGAGUCCAAUAUAGGCGAAAAGAAAAUGGCACAUCAUAUCAGUAAUGCGAAUUUGUUUUUUCCCUCUCACUCUCUGUUUCUCCUGCUUGUACGCUCGCUCGUCAAUACACUACUUAUCAAUAUUCGAAUUUGUGCUGCAAUUUACAAAUGCUCAAGUGUGAAUCGGUUUGGUCACGCGAUUAGUCAAUGCAAUCAAUCGCCUUCAUAUCGCCAAAAGGCACGAAAAAUAAACCGUUAAGAUAAUUUGCCCCAAUAAAAGUUCACAAUAAAAAUCAAA